AGGAGAAGAGAGGAGAGAAGAUGAGAGGAGAGAAGGGCAGAAACGGUUGUGGCAGAGAGAAGGUAGAGAGCCUUUUUGUCUGCUGAUCUACUGAAGACUGGAUUAACCCCAAGCACUUACUACUCACCAGGAGAGAGACAGAGAGAGAGAGAGGGCGAGAGAGAGGGAAAGAGAGAGAAAGAGAGACACCGAAAGAGAGAGAGCGAGAGAAGAAGGAAUAGGGAAAGGAACUGGGGAGAAACGGAGGAGAGUGAGACGGAUGCAGAGGGAGAGAGAGAGAGAGAGAGAGAGAGAUGCGGCAGCCAGCCUCCCUGCAGCUCGCCGCCUUCUGUUAGUGACGCUUGAGCCGACCGCUGCGUGUGUGUGUGCGUGCGUGUGUGUGUGACGUGUGUGGAUGUGUGGGUGAGCCAGCUUAUGUGUGUGUGUGUAUGUGCGCACACAGCAACAGCAGCGAGAGAAAGCUGGAUCACAAUGCUGACGUAUGAAGACUCCCCACAGCUUUGCCUUUAAUUCUCCUCCUGAAACACACACACACGCACACACACACACACACACAUGUACGCUGAACAUGUGUGUGUGUGCGACGAGCUGAUGAGGCAGUAGUUGCAGCAGCGCUCAGAGCGUGUGUGUGUGUGAGAGAGAGGGAAAGAGAGAGAGGGAGAGCCUCAUUCCUCCACAGAGACAGAGAGAGGUGGAGAGGGGGAGUCUCUGCUGCCAUAGCCCAUCCCCGAGUGCCCGUCUCUGGGGUAGAGUGGGCCGGACGCCGGCCUCUCCUGGAGGUGGAGGCUGGAGGUGGAGGAACGCUAAAGAUGGGAUUCUUCCUCCCUCCUCUCUCGCUCGUCCUCUUCCUCACCUCCGCGUCGGUGGAGACACGACGCCAGGCAAUCUUCCAGCGAGCAAGUGACUGCGACCGUGUGAGUGUGUGUGCGGAGUGUGUGAGCCCUCUGGCCACAGAGUGCGAGACACGGACUCAGCAGUGAGAGGUGUAUAUUUUUUUUAAAAGAGAAGGAUUAACAGCCAGGGCCUCACCCCUGCAAAACACACAGCCGGAACGUGGGGAGAACCGGAGACAAGUGGAACACAGGUGUGUGUGUGUGUUGAUAUGGAUCCUCCUGAGGAGGAGCGGAGCGUGCGUUUCCUGCAGUACGUGGAGGACAGCGGGAUGAAGUCCUACCACGGCCUGGUCCUGCAGAACGCCGCCGACAUCGCCCGCGAGAGCGACCGCGUGCGCUCACACGCUCACCUCACCUACCUGCAGGAGAAGAACGAGAAGAAGAGACGACAGGAGGAGGCCAUCAAGAGGAUUGGUGAAGAUGUUGCCCGGGCAACAGAUGGAGUAGGUUACCCUGGGAAACACUUCCGGAUGGGUUUCAUGACAAUGCCGGCUCCCCAGGACCGCCUCCCGCCUGCCUGUGGGCCGGGCUUCACUGUCCGCUCCCAAUCACUGCACUCAGUGGGCGGAACUGAGGAGGAGGGAAGCCCCACCUCCAGGAAGCAGCCACCCCCAAAACCCAAGAGAGACCCCAACACCAAGCUCAGCAUCUCAUCUGAGACCGUCAACAAGGGCGAUGGUAAGGCGCGCCCCUGCAGUGAGGAGUAUAAGCGCAUGCCGCCACCUAAGCCUCGCCGCAGCCCCGCCACGCAGCUCAGCACCUCUUUUGACGAGUCCUACAUGCGCAACCAUGGCGACCUGGCGCACCAGCGAUCGUCAUCGCAUGGCGGGCGCAAGGCGUCCUCACAGACGCAGAGUCCCGCGGUGGACACGGAGGACGAGGAGGAGGAGCCGGUCUACAUUGAGAUGGUUGGCAACAUCCUGCGCGACUUCCAGCGGAUUGCCGCCGCCGCUAACAGUGAUGGCGACUAUGGCGACGGACAGGAGGAUGACGUUGGUGAGAGCGUCUAUGAGGAGAUGAAGUACCCGGCCUCGUCCUCCUCAGAGAUGCACGGAGGUCUGGACUACACCCCGGCGAUGCCCGGAGCGACAGCGGAGGAGGCACUGGCAGCCGCCAUGAUGCUGUCAGCGGCGGCGAGCGGGCGCCAGUCCUCCUCAGGCUCGUCUUCUGCGUGCGGGACGCCACGUGGGUCCCUGUGCGACAUCCCUGCUCCCUUCCCCAACCUGCUGACACACCGGCCUCCUCUGCUGGUGUUCCCGCCCGCGCCUGCCCAGUGUUCGCCCAACUCGGACGAGUCCCCCCUCACCCCUCUGGAGGUGGCCAAACUGCCCAUGAUCGACAACUCCUUCAACUACAAGGGUGAAAAAUCUCCCACAGCAGCAGAGGGAGGUCAACAGCCCCCUUCGUCCUCUUCCUCUUCCUCCUCUCACCAUCAUCAUCAUCGUCACCACCACCACCGGCACCAUCGCAAGGGCAGCAAGGACAGCAAGGACCUGUCAUCGUCCACGGCAACCAUCACUGCCUCUGGCCGUUCCUCGGCGCCGCCCCUGCCCUCCGCCCUCUACAAAAGCCCCGCCUCUGCCCACGGCUACCCAAGGAGCCACUCGGCGUGCCCGUCGCCCGUGAGCGUGGGCCGCGCCCUGACGCCGCUCAGCCUGAAGCGCCCGCCGCCGUACGACGCCCUGCUGGCGCACGCCCACGGCCACUCGCACACGGGCAGCAUGCCCCGCAGCGCCUCCACCACGCCGCACGGCGGCUCCAAGCUCGCCGCCUCGGCCUGCGUGCACGGCGGCUCCAUGCAGAACGUUUCCACGGCGACGUCGGCCUCUGUGGCGGCGUCGGUGGCGGGCGCCCGCUUGUGCCGCACCCCCACCAGUCCCCUGGACGAGCUGAGCAACCUGUUCAGCUCGGGACGCAACAUGCUGAAGAAGGGCUCGUCCAGCGGACGCAAGAACAAAGAGCCGGCAGAGGGUGAAAAGGGGCGGAGUCACAGCACUGACAGUAAAGAGCGUGCUCACUCCUCCUCCAGUCGGGACUCCCCGCAGACCACUCCUCUUGAAUGGGAUGGCCAAUCAGGACAAUCAGGCACACCUACGGCCACGCCCAGUCGCCUCGGCCGCUCCUCCGUCAGCCCCACCACCAUGCUGGGGGGAGGAGCCUCAGAGCCGAAGGCAGUGUGCAAGCUCGGACGCUCCGCCUCCACGUCAGGUGUCGCUUCGCCGGUGGGGACCCCCUUAAGACACGCCUCCCCAGAUGCAUUAGCCAAUCAGAGCGCCAGUCUUUGCCAGAUCCCCCCCCUGGCCUGGGCGUGUGGGGACAGCACCAUGCUGGAGAUGAUCGAGAAGAAGCGCACGCUGUGCCGCGAGAUCAAGUCCCGCCAGAGGCCCCUGGACAAGAGCCUGUGCAAGCAGGAGAGCAUGCCCAUCCUGCCCAGCUGGAAGAGGUCCAACGGGGGCAAGAAGCACGGGCCGCCCCCCUACAACACCCAGACCACUGUCUUCUGGGACACUGCCAUCUGACACUAAUACACAUACUGUAUGCAACACACACACACACACACACACACACACACACACACACACACACACACACACAUACAAAUACAAAUACACACACACAACCACAUACAUCGUCACCAAGGUAGGAACAUAGAUAUCCACUGAUGGACACAUGCAGCAACGCACACAAGUAAAGCACACAUCCAUAGAUGCACACACACAAACACACACACACACACACACACACAUACACACACACAGGUUGGUACUUACACACAUGGAAACAAACACUGACUCACACAGAAUGGCAGAACUUCUUGCACAUGUAAACACGCCCACAGCAGUAGAGAAGAGGGGGAUGGGUGUGGCUUGCACUGUCCAGGAGCCAAUCAGAGCGUGAGGAGAGUGAGUGGAGGCGGAGGGACAGUUGUAGCAAACAGCACGUCCAACAGAUCCGCUCUCCUUGCUUUCUUAUUGUCGUUUCUAUUGAGUAUUUUUGUAUGGGAUUAUUGUCUCAAAUCUGAAACAGGAUGCCUAGCAUUAGCGGAUAUUUUAUAAACGAGACACAAAAAGAGAUAUGGGAUGCAAAGGUCAUGCAAAGUUCACACAGAGAUUUGACAAUGGUAUGAGAUUAUUGUAGAUUUUAGGGUUGUUUUUUUGUCUUUGUUUUUUCUUACGUUGCAAUGACACUCGUGUGCGUUAAAGGGGAAAAAAGAAUAUAUCUAUAUGAACAUAGAUCUAUAUAUAUAUUAUGGUGAAAUUAUGUCCAGUGAGUGCACUGCUGUUUUUAUGAGCAAAGAAUCUUAAAGAUAAAAAUGUCCAUAUGUGGAUUGAAAAGA